GACAUCUUGCUCUGGCUCGCAGCGUGACGAUUCACUUCACUGUUGAGCACACGGCUUGCUGCAUUUGAAGAUACUGUGGUAGCCGCCAACCCGCCAUAUUCGUCUCUUCCUUUCCAUCAUCGUUCGGCUCACGUAUCAAUUUCCCCGGCAAUUGCGUUGCACAAGAACAGCCCUAACUGAACACGACUUCACGCGCUUCCCCAUUUUCUUGGUCGCCUGUCCCUAUGUCUGCGAAUGUUUCUCCGCCACCUGGAACUGACGACCGCGCUCCGGCCACAACUAUACGAUGACGAGACUCUGCUGUUCGUACAGGAUGGCGUCGGCCUGUAUGAGGGCAAAUACAAAAUUCCAAACCAUCAGAACGGCCACGCGUACCUGACCUCGCAUCGCGUCUGCUAUGUGGACAACACCGAGCCAAGAAAGUACUCGGUCGCAGUAGAUCUGAAGGAGAUUGAUCGUCCUGAAUUCUAUGCUGGCUUCCUGAAGUCGUCGGCCAAGAUCACGCUCUUUCCAAAGACGCCAAAGAAGACUGCCUUCAACAGUAUCCGCAGUCCUGUGCCCCGUUAUCCAUCGCCAGCCGAUGCUUUAGUCGGACAGAAUGGCUCGUCGCCUCGGUCUGCACCCUCUCCGGCGCCCAUGACAGAUCCAAAUGCAACUUGGAUUUGCCCUAUCUGUGGCAUGUCGAACUCGGUGCCACUCAACUUUGAUCCUGGUACAGCGAAUCAGUACACGCCGCUGCCAGCGUGUCAAGCGUGCGGCGUGAAGCCACCGCUCGCCCUGAUGAUCAAGGCAUCGAUUGCAGCAAUGUCUAAUCGUCCAAGCGGUCCCGUUGACAGCCUACCUGGCACUGCGCGCAACUCUCUGGACGCGAGCUCAUCACCUACGUAUGGCUCGUCCCCUUCCACGCCAGCGCCAUCAUCGAACCUCUGCCUAAGAUGCACGUACGAGAAUUAUCCUGGCAUGACGAGUUGUGAGAUGUGCUCAGCUCCUCUCGGACCCAGCUCCAACCGUGCCUCACGGCUUGUUGAGGAUUCUCUCAAACGCCCAGAAUCGCCAGGGCCAAGCUUGCCUCGUUCCUCGAUUGUCGACGACCAGACAAUUGAAACCAUCAAAUUCUCGUUCCGUGCUGGCGGCGAAAAGGUUUUCCUAGAGCGACUCCAGGAAGCAUUGGUGCAACGAAAGUGGUUGCUUCAGAGCGCGCCGCCGGUUCCCAGGCCUGGGGCCACGCCUCCACAGUCUCGUAGCUCAUUCAAUCCGCCUGGAGGAAACUUGCCACCAACAGGUGCAGCCCCACGUGUAGUGGGCAUUGCCGGACUUGAGCAGCGUGGCGCUGCAUUGCGUCAGAACAAUCAAGCAGUCAUUGGCACUGCAUUCGAGGACCUUGAGGCAUUAAUGACCUCCGCCAAAGAAGUCAUCCAAAUGGCUGAACAGUUCGCGAGGCAAGCAAAUGGAGCGGCGAGCGAUGACACGAAACGAUUGAUCUUGGAUUCUGCAUCAGCGCUUGGCCUUGUGACAACCAAAGACAUGCUGGGCGAGGGCUCUUCUGCCGAAAAGCUCUACAUCACACAGCUCUCACGAGACCUGGCCGAGUUUCUCACAGAUGAUCGCAAAGGGGUGCUCCGUAAAGAAGGGGGCAUCAUGUCACUGGUUGACUUGUGGCAAGUAUUCAACAAAGCCCGCAACGGCAUCGAGCUUGUGUCACCACUCGACUUUGAGAAGGCAGCAAAUAUGUGGGACAGCUUGCACAUGCCCGUGCGCUUACGCCGCUUCAAGAGUGGCCUACUUGUGGUGCAAGAGCGCAGUCGGUCCGACGAGAAGACUAUUGCAACAAUCCUCGCUUGGUUGCGAGAGCAGGCGGUACUCGAUCCACCAACGCACGACAAGAUCUUGGAGACUUCCUUUGGCAAAGGUGUCACUGCUCACGAGACCGCUGAACGCUUUGGCUGGAGCGUAGGUGUGGCCACCGAGGAGCUGGAAAUGGCCGAAGAGACAGGCACGCUAUGUCGCGAUCAGUGCCUUGACGGCACCCGAUUCUGGGAGAACCACUUCAGCCCUAUGGUAGCGUGAACUCUGUGUAUGGCUGGAGUGAACUUCAGUGGUAGUCUGGAGUCGCACGAGGGAGCGCACUGCUUGCCUAAAGCGAAUAGUGCCUCUUUGGAUCACAAUCCUCAAUCCGAGGCAUCUCUAUAGAUUUGCGGAGAUGAUGCACCUGACGGUCGUGACCACAGGAACGUGGAGGUGGAGGUAUAAGCUUGGCUGCAUGCACGUGGCUACGUGGGCAUCAUCAGUGAUAUCAAACUCUGUGUCCGAUCGAGACGUGCGGAACCAGAUGGUCUAAAGACUAUGCAAAACUAUUGUCUGCGAUCUCACUUGAUCGUGAGUAAACCGGCCGUGAUGAAAACGCUGGGCGUCUGCUGCGCGAACUAAGCCUCUCUCAACACUGAGCAGGCACUCUGACUACAUCUCCGCAUCCCAGCCCGCUCGGACGAUGUCAUCAAAAUGGGCAGCGUGCCAAUUUUGACAGUUUCACCAUGAAGGCGCCAAUCCGGCGACUGCACUG